AUGGCCCGAAUCCCUCUGGCCAACUACCUCUUCACUCGUCUGCGUCAACAAGGCGUGCACGCUGUCACUGGCGUGCCCGGCGACUUCACUCUCAAAGCCCUUGACCAUUUGUCAGCCGCUGGGGUGCGAUGGAUCGGCUCCUGCCACGAGUUAAAUGCUGGAUACGCCGCGGACGGCUACGCUCGCGUGCGUGGACUUGCGGCGUUUUGCACCACCUAUGGCGUUGGCGAGCUUUCUGCUAUCAACGCCGUGGCCGGGUCGUUCGCGGAAUCCGUCUCUUUGGUGCACAUCGUCGGUACCCCCCGGCGAAAUUUACAGCGUGCCUGCGCCAAUGUGCAUCAUACCCUCGGGGACGGUCGACCUAGGGUAUUUGCUGAGAUGCACGAGAAAGUCACCGUCGCCCAGGCGAAUCUCGUCGAUGACACCACGGCGCCGGAGAUGAUCGACGACACACUCGAGACUUGUCUUCGACGCAGCAAGCCCGUCUAUAUCGAGUUGCCAUGCGACAUGGUCUCCAAGGAAGUGUCGAGUGCGCGACUGAGCGAACCUCUGAGACCGGAGACUACAAUCGAAGAAGCGCAGGAAGAGAAGCACGCCGACGCUAUCCUGACGAAACUCUACGCCGCGAAACAACCUCUCCUCCUGGUUGACAGCGGUGACGGCGUUCGCCAGCUCCAGACCGAGAUCCACGCGUUUGUUGAAAAGUCUGGGAUCCCUACGCUCUCUAUGCCCUCCGGCAACGGCAUGAUCAGCCAUGGUCUGAGAAACUACUACGGCGUCCAUUCCGGUCCGGUGGGCCAGAUUGAUACCAUGCCUUUCGUACAGGCAGCCGAUCUGGUCCUGGCAUUCGGGCCCAUGUUCUCCGACACACAGACUCUGGGGUGGAAAGUCGUCCCGGACACAAACAAGACCAUCAUACUGGGAAAGGAGUUCAUGCGUGACCCGUCACAUGGUGGAAAACGAGACCCGAUCAAUCUGAAUAGUCUAUUGGGAAAACUCACGCGGAAACUCGACCGGUCCAAAAUCCAGCUCUCUGACGUAUCGUCGUUGGGUGAUUUCCGCACCGUCCAACCCCCUGCUUUUACCGGUCCGAACAUCAAUCUCGACGCUCCCAUCGACCAGACGUCAUUCUACCUCCGACUCAGCGCAUAUUUGGAGCCCAACGACAUGGUACUCCUAGGCAACGCCACACCCAUCCUCGGGGGCCGUGACCUCGUCCUUCCCCAUGACGCCCAAAUCAUCGCGUCCGGCCAAUGGUUCUCAAUCGGCCACAUGCUCCCUGCCGCCCUGGGCGUGAGUCUCGCGCAACAAACGACCACAAGGAAAGGGAGGGGGAGGACGAUCCUUCUCGAUGGCGACGGCAGUUUCCAAGUGACCGCGCAGGAACUCGGAACGGCGAUCCGAUACCGCCUCCCUCUGACGGUGUUCGUGAUAAAUAACCAGGGAUACGCGUACGAGCGACAAAUACACGGCAUGCACGCAGAUUACAAUGACCUGGCGCCCUGGCGGUACGGGGAGGUGGCCAGGGCGUUUGGUGCGCCGGAGUCGAAGCCCAACGAAGACUCUGACCCGUAUCCUGUGCAGACCUAUGCGGUAUCUACAUGGAGAGAUCUCGACAAGGUGCUGGCGGACGCGAAUUUCGGUGACGGGAGAGGAUUGAAGCUCGUUGAUGUACGGAUGGGCAUCCACGAUGUGCCGGAGAAGUUUAGGGUGGUAUUCCAGAGGGCUGGUGACCAGUUGGGGUGA